GCACAGGUGGGUGGGCACAGGUGGGUGGCACUGCUGGGCACAGGUAGGUGGCACUUCUGGGCACAGGUAGGUGGCACUGCAGAGUGGCACAGGUGGGUGCACUGCUGGGCACAGGUGGGUGCACUGCUGAGCACAGGUGGGUGGAACUUGCGGGUGGCACUGCUG